AUGUGGUCAUCCUGCUGCAAACCGCGAAGAGCUACCAGUGGUGAAACACAACCACUUCUCCCCCAACAUCAUGAUUACGAUGAAGAUACAGCCCUACAGCAUCAGCUGCAUGAGAAACUGCGCACUUACCAGAUGCUCAAGGCCAUUUGUAGUGGCUACAUGCCGUCCACAUACCAAAUCGUCUCCAACCUACGCGCCAUCCUCGUAUCAAGUCUUCUCAACCCGGAACCUCUUGCUGUUGGAAACACUAGUCGAGAAUUGAUUACGGAUCUCAAGCUUUGCAUUCGUCUGCUCAUAGAUCUUCUACAGGAGAAGAACGGCGAAGAUCAGCUACAAACUGCCAUAUGGCAGCUGUCCAAGUUGAAUGUGGAGAUUGAUACCGCAAGUCUUGCUUCCAGGGGCACACUUGCAAAGGCUCAGGCGGAUACUGCUGCCGUCGACGAUUUGGUUACAAUUGGGCGGAUGGUGUUUGCCGAUACCGCGUCCGCACUGUCUUCCGCAGCUGCCGGAGUUGCGGAAGAAGUGGAACCUUCAGGUGAAGAGAGAGCUAACCUAGGACCAAGCGGCUCAGAAGGCAAUGGAGGCCCAUCAACAGAGAAUUUAGGCCACGACCUGCAGCAAGUUUCCGGAAGCACACUGGAUGUAGUGGGUCAAACGGGUAAAGCUGCAGCUCAAAGCACGGAGGAUAACGUGUUUGGGCACUACAAAAACCCAUUACUCGAUAGACUGAAGAGAACUGUUCAGAACCUACGCCAGCGAGACGACUAUACCACCUCUGUAUCGACCAUCACUCAAUUGAUUAAGCAGUAUGGAAUUAUUUACUCUCGUGCUGUAGGGGAAACGGUCAAUGUUGCUAAGGAAGAGGCUGAAGCAAGCUCAGAGCUUAAGCAGGCAGUUCUAACCCUAUGGAACUUAAUCGGAUCCUUUGGUGACCGCCAAGAAUGGCAGCUUGUUGAACAGAAAUUACGUGUGGUGGUCAAGCACUCUAAGAAAGACACAGAAUUUGAAUCACUGCUGAAAGACAUCGGAAAUUCUCUCCAGGAUCUCUUGACGGACCCUGGCUUUUUCGACUCAGCGGAUGAAAUGGUUGAACUCUUGAAGCAGAAAAGCCGCGGUAUUGGCUCGGAUUCUACUCUUCGUCAGGAUGUGGAUGUAUUUUUACAGCAAUUGAGCCGUGCGCUUUCUUCAGUCCCUGGAGAUAAAGCUGUAGCCAAGCUGAUAGGCGCCGCAAAGAAACUUACGGGUGAUUUAUCCCGAGCCUUCAACGGAAAAGCUCACGCAGUCUCUGAAGACGCUCUCAACGUUUUCCUCCCGACAUUGAUCCGUUCGAUCCAACAUAUACCAAUUCCGAGAUUCGAAGUCUCUGUACCAGAACUAGACUUGCUACUUGAGAAUGUUGUGGUGGAACCAGGCCGCACUUUCCGCUCUUCCUCCUUCUUUCCAUGGAGACUUCUCGUAACGACCCGUAAUGAGCUGGAGGUCCGAAAAGCGCAUUCCAAGGCAGCCAACACGACCAUAAAAAACGUCGUUACUAUAACAAUGAACGGCCUGAGUAUGAGUGCAAGCGAGUUUGGAUAUUGGAUCCGCGUCCACUCACCUCUGUAUAUAUCUUCCUUCAGCGAUGAAGGUAUUGCCAGCUUCUCCCUUGAUGAACGGGGGAUAGAUAUCUCCCUUGACAUCGAGAUUGGACCUGGUCGUAUCGAAAAAUUGGUUUCCCUGCUAGCUGUUCGUGUCCAUAUCCACAAGCUCGACUACACGGUGCACAAAGGCCCACGGUCGUUCAUGUGGUGGAUCCUCAAGCCUUUCCUCAAACACAUGGUCCGCCGCGUUCUAGAGAAGAAGAUCGCCGAGCAGAUUGUUACCGUGGUACAUGUCCUGAAUCGAGAACUUGUUUUUGCGCGCGAGCGCCUACGUGCUACAAGGAUUGCGAAUCCACAGAGUCUGGCUACCUUUGUCCGAGCUAUUUUAACACGCGUGACUCCGAAAAUGGACCCGGAUGUUUAUACCCGGGUCGGAUUUGAUGCCCGAUGCGAAGGGGUUUUCAAGGAUGUGUAUACGCCUGCGAGCGUGAUGAAGAUAUGGAAUGUUGAAGGGAGGAGGGUUGGAGAGGCGGUCCAAAAUGGAGACCAGAGUGGUGGCGUUCAGAUGACGUGGAGGAAUGAUAUAUUUGACGUUGUAUCUCGUUCAUCUCGGAGAUGGAGUUCCUUUGUUUGAUACGCUUUUUUCUCCCGGGUUGUACUAUGGCCCAACACCCUGCAGCCCUUGCUUCUCCCAUCUUUCCCCUCUUUGUAUGUUUAAUUUGACGUCUACACAUUCAUGUUUGGUACCCGCUCCAUCCUCUAAUGAUCGAUGAUCUUCUUGCUUACGGCUCCUACUUUUACACCCGUCUCUGGGGCGGUCUUCCUGAGUUUCGUUGCGAAAAGAAAUCUAAUGGACAUGUGACACAUUUUCCUAUCCACGGUUUCAUGUUCAUUUACCCGUCAACGCGGUAGUAGGCGGCGAUGCAAGCAUGACAUUCUCUAGCGAGUAAUCAAUCGCAUAUCCCUGGUAAAUGUCACACCAACGACACCAACGACACCAGCAUAUAGACACGCCGUGUCCUUUCUAGCCAAUAUCGCUUAAAAUAAUAACAGAAUGAUCAAUCUUAUAACC